AUGGAAGUGUUUAGCUUUGAGAAAAAGAUUAAGCAUUACAACAGCUAUCAGAAGAUACUCUUAGCCGGAGAAGGAGACUUCUCUUUUUCUGUUUGCUUAGCUAGAGCUUUUGGCUUGGCUGUCAACAUGGUUGCGACUUCUCUCGACUCCAGAGAGUCUUUGAUGCUGAAUUAUUCAAAAGCUAUGAGCAAUGUGAAGGAGUUAGAGGCCAGGGGAUGCAAAGUAUUGCAUGAGGUGGAUGUCCACAGCAUGAGCCAACACCCUUUCUUGAUUAGGGUACGCUUUGAUCGCAUAAUCUAUAAUUUUCCUCACGCCGGUUUCUUUUCUUCUGAACGCAACAGGUUACAAAUUUGGUUUCAUCAGGAUUUGGUCAGGGGAUUCCUCAAGAAUGCAUGCGAAAUGCUAACUGCGAUAGGAGAAAUUCAUGUGACACACAAGACAACAUUUCCUUUCACUGAAUGGAAAAUAGUGGAGUUAGCAAAAGAGGUUGGGUUAUAUCUGGUUGAUGAAGAACAGUUCUCACUAUUGGAUUAUCCAGGUUAUGAAAACAAGAGAGGAGCUGGGAUGUGUGAUAAAACUUUUCAUGUUGGAAUGUGUAGCACCUUCAAAUUUGCCAAGCUGUUGUACAGUUUUACCACUUCAUGGUCUGGAUGUUCUGGAAUUAAUGGUCCUCACAUGCAACGGUAAGCCCCAUCAUAGAAAUUUUGUUUUCUUCUAUUUCAAAUUUGCAAUUUGCCAA